AUGCAGUGGUAUACGAUAUUCUCACUAGCUGUUCUUCCAUGCUGUUUGUUAGCAGCUAGUUCUUUAACAGUUGUAAUCGACCUUAAUGAGAAGUUCUUGGAUGUUAGUAAUGAAGGAUUUUGGAUUGUAAAGUUCUAUGCUCCGUGGUGUGCUCAUUGCAAGCGACUUCUCCCAGUCUGGGAACAUCUUGGGCAUGCUGUCAACGACAAGAAUUUACCUGUGAGAGUGGCCAAGAUGGAUUGCACAAGGUUCACGAGUGCAUGCAAUAGUCUUUCCAUAUCAGGAUAUCCAACGAUUUUGUUUUUCCGCCACAGCGGGCGCAGGAUAGAAUAUUAUGGAGAACGUAGCAAAGAGGCUCUGUUUAACUUUGUCGUCAAAAGUUCAGCGCCAGUUAUAGAGAAAAUCAGUGCUGCGAGAAUCAAUGAUAUAAAGACGAAGACUCUGCGGAACGACCACAUUCUCUCGUCAUUCGGAAGGGGAGGAAAAGAUAGAGCAUUCACAGCCGAGUUUCGAAAAGAUUGCUGA